AUGGCUGGAGGAUUCACCGGACUCAUGCGCGUACAGCGCAGGAAAGGGUCUCGCACCGAGCACCUCUUGCCCGUCAACCCAUCAUCCUCUCCACCUUCCUCCUCUCUGCCAGGACGCUCACCAUCGCCUCCAUCUCCACCGCCACCUCGCCUGAUGCCACCGCCUGCGUUGCCAUCCCCUGAACCCCGCUCUCCGGCUCCUCACGCCUCAGGAAGCUCCCGACAUGCGCGUGCUCAUGAGGGCACAAGAUCUCGCAACGACGGAACUCAAUCGGCUGAAGAAGACAACGCUGCAGAGCGUCGGCCCAGGAAGAAGUCAAAGUCGGUGGGGAAGCCCGUGGUUCAGUUUGACGCACAUGUUGUGCGUCUUUACGAGCACCUGGUACUCGGCUCAACGAAACCACAACGCAUCGCCGAUGGUACAGAGUUUAUGUACAACAUCGUGCGGCUAUUCCCGCGCGAGAUUGGCUGCUUUGUAGGGUACUACCAGGUGCUCACUGACGGCCUCGCGAAGGACGGCACGUAUUCGCCCGACGACCCGGAGCAACAAUCACCUCUCGUCUGGAGCCGGUACUGGGAAGGCAUCUGCUACUUCGAUCUCAUCAAGUCCGAGUUCCCAGGCCUCGAGUUCCAUAUGCCUUACCUACGUCGCCACCCGGAGCUUGUCAACAACAUGGCUAAAUGGAUGAAGGCUACUGCCGGCAAGGCCCGGAGCGACGACGCCAAUCGGCUCAAGGACAACAUCCGCGCGAUCUUGGGUCUGUCCGAGGAAGUCGAGGACAAGGCCCAGCGUGGGUUCAGCACUCCGGAAACGGGCAGGCUUCUCUGCCCUGUCACAAUGCUCGACCGCUUUGACAAAGACCCAUACAAGUUCUGUCGGGACGUCCGUGACGGCGUCAAGACCGGUCCUGUCGUCGGAAGCGGGGAUUACCCCGUGCUCUUUUACGAUAUGGACCUCUAUGUUGCCGGGAAGUCAAAGCCUGGCCUCUUCAAGAGCCAGGCUCUCCUGAAUUCUGCCAGGCUUGUCUUUCAAGGUCCGACGGUGGCGAAGAGCUCUGGUAAGAAGAGCAAGAAGAAGGGUAAGGUGGCGCUCGCAACCAAGAACAAUAUCUGCAAGAUCAGCACUUUUGUGAUUAUCUAUAUCGCAGUCCUUACUCGCUUCGCUAUCAAUGCUCGGACACAGUGGGACAACGACGACGGUGACUUCAUCGGGCAGGAAUUCAACACGCUCGUCAUGACAGCGUUCCUGGAAGAUGAUGAUUGGCACGACGAGCUUGUUGAAUGGUGGAGCCAGGAGCUGUUUGGCAACAAGGACAGCCGCACCAGCCGCCGCGCUACUAACGGACCAUCCGCGCACGACCGCUUGAUGCUCGAGAUCGCUCAAGAGAAGGCCGAAAAGGCCGCUGCAGCCGCCACUGCUGCCGCCUCCGCCGCUCGUACACCGCCGCGCUGCUCGCCCACAUAG